CUGCAAGCUCAUAAAUACUGCAGCACAUCGGUGGCCGAGAGGACCGUGAGGGCGGCUGGCGCGCCCCUGAGGCAUCUCCUUCACCACUCCCCUCAGAGACGUUUCAGUCAUUCAGUCUUCCUCCCCCUCGGACAUCCUGACAGACGGACAGACGGACAGACGGCCCUGCCUGGCACCGGUCCAUUCUCCAUCCUCUGUGGGACUCACCAACGGAAUUUGAUCACAUCCUUGCGUUCCACUCCGCUUCCCACCAUCCCCUUACCAUGAGCCCCUUUCUUGGAGGCUGGCUCUUCUGUCUGCUCCUGCUUUUCUCCCUGGGAGUCCAGGGGACCCCAGACUAUCCUCGUGCUACACCAGAGCAAGUCCAUCUGUCCUACCUGGGUGAGCCAGGCACCAUGACUGUGACCUGGACUACGUGGGCUCCAGCCCGGUCUGAGGUGCAGUUCGGCAUGCAGCUGUCUGGUCCGCUCCCACUCCGGGCCCACGGCACCGCCCGUGCCUUCGUGGAUGGAGGAAUUCUGCGGCGCAAGCUCUACAUCCACCGUGUGACGCUGCGGAAACUGCUGCCUGGGGCACAGUAUGUUUACCGUUGUGGCAGCUCUCAGGGCUGGAGCCGUCGGUUUCGCUUCACAGCCUUGAAGAAUGGGGUCCACUGGAGCCCCCGCCUGGCUGUGUUUGGGGACAUGGGGGCUGACAACCCGAAGGCCCUGCCCAGGCUACGGAGGGACACUCAGCAGGGCAUGUUUGAUGCAGUGCUCCAUGUGGGAGACUUUGCCUACAACAUGGACCAGGACAAUGCUCGUGUUGGGGACAGAUUCAUGAGGCUCAUUGAACCUGUUGCUGCUAGCCUGCCGUACAUGACGUGCCCUGGGAAUCACGAACAGCGCUACAAUUUCUCUAACUACAAGGCUCGCUUCAGCAUGCCAGGAGACAAUGAAGGCUUGUGGUACAGCUGGGACCUGGGUCCUGCCCAUAUCAUCUCGUUUUCCACUGAGGUAUACUUCUUUCUCCACUAUGGUCGUCACCUGGUUGAGAAGCAGUUCCGUUGGCUGGAGAAUGACCUCCAGAAAGCCAAUAAGAAUCGGGUGGCACGACCUUGGAUCAUCACGAUGGGUCAUCGGCCUAUGUACUGUUCCAACGCGGACCUGGAUGACUGCACAAGGCACGAAAGCAGGGUCCGCAAAGGCCUCCAAGGCAAGUUGUUUGGGCUAGAGGACCUUUUCCAUAAAUACGGUGUGGACCUCGAGUUCUGGGCUCAUGAACACUCCUAUGAACGACUAUGGCCUAUUUACAACUACCAGGUAUUUAAUGGCAGUCUAGAGAGGCCCUACACCAACCCUCGAGGCCCUGUUCACAUCAUCACAGGAUCUGCGGGUUGUGAAGAACUGCUGACUCCCUUUGUCAGGAAACCCAGACCAUGGAGCGCCGUACGCGUGAAAGAGUACGGCUAUACUCGGAUGCACAUCCUUAAUGGCACCCACAUGCACAUCCAGCAAGUGUCUGAUGACCAGGAUGGGAAGAUUGUGGAUGACGUCUGGGUGGUUAGACCUUUGCUUGGCCGGAUGAUGUACCACUAAGACCAGGGUCCUCUCAUGAAGACACUUUGCUGCUGUGGCCAGGCAGUACCUUGGCCUGGGGAGGGAGUCAGGGCAGGAUCCCACUCCCUCACCAUCCAGGAGUACAGCCUUGAGGGAGGCCAGAUAGCUCUUGCUUCCUGGAGAGGUGGGAGCCUAGGCUGGCUGGAGAGGGAGGGCAGGUAUGUGGGCACCAGCAGGGCUGACUGCCAGCGUAGCCCUGCCCUCCUGAAUCACUCUGACAGGGCCAGGGACUCAAGGGCCUCAGAAUAAAGAGGCUUGCAGCCGUGGCUCCCUUGACGAAAA